GAAGUUAUAAUUUUGCUAACGCCACGGUCAUUUCAAUGUAAGACCUCGACUGGCUCAAACGUUUUUUCCAUCACUUCAUAGAAAUUGAAAAUCUUAAGAUAAGCUCAACAUGUCGACGCCUGAUAUAAGUAUAAUGAGUUCCACUGAGAAUUUGCUGAAGUUGUCGAAGGAAUCCUUCAGCGCUCCCGUUGCUCAAUGCGAUGAGAACUUUGAGCACUCAGAUGUGCCCGAUUGGCUGACCAAAGACUAUUUGGAGCAUUAUCUACGUGCGUAUCAUCAAGAUAGGAAAUUAAAAAUACUUAGGUGGAAUAUCCGACCAGCGUUGGGAAAAGGUGAAAAUUAUGGUGGAGUCUUAACUCGCAUACGCGCCGAUUAUCAAACUUCUAUGGGUACGGUUGCUACAGGUCAUUAUAUUGUGAAAACAUCUUUUGAAAGCGAUGAAUUUGUACAGAAAACUAUGGAACCCUAUGAUAUUUUCAACCGUGAGAUGUCUGUUUAUGAGAAAGUCUUACCCCGCUUAAAUGAGCUGCUACGGGAAAUCGACGACAACGAACAGAUCUUCGCCGAGACUCUGGCGGUAGAUCGUGAGCGCUCCGCGUUGAUUUUCGAAGACUUGAAUGUACGUGAAUUUAUCAUGCCCAACCGUUUAGCUGGACUCGAUAUGACUUUGGCGAAGAUGGUGUUGAGGAAAUUGGCGAAAAUGCACGCCACCUCUGCAGUUUUGAAUGAGCGCGAAAAUGGUUGUCUCGAAGGUUAUGAUCGUGGUUUUUUUAAUAGACACACAGACAACUAUAUGCCUGGAUUUGAACAACUUCUAAUGGCUUGUAGCCGACGCGUUCGACAGUGGGAAGAUUAUGAGUUGUAUGCGGAAAAGAUAACUAAUUUGAAAUCUAACUACACCGAAUUGGGCAAAAGAGUAUUCGAUCCCAAUCCAAGUCAUGUGAACGUGUUGACUCACGGUGAUUUAUGGACAAACAAUGUUAUGGUUAAAUAUGAUAAGAUCACUGGCGAACCUGUGGAUGUCAUUAUUAUUGACUUUCAAUAUGCAGUGUGGGGCUCGCCAGCCAUUGAUCUUCAUUAUUUCUUGAAUACCUCGCUCGAGGAGGACAUGCAUUUACAUCGGCAAGACGAACUCAUACAGUGCUACUAUCAAACGUUCGCCGAUACUCUGUGCAAGUUACGCUAUCGCGCCGAAAUUCCCAGUUUGCACAAAUUUCACUUGCAACUCGAAGAGAAAGCGUUCUAUGCUUUCAACUCAACAUGUGUGAUUUUGGCUAUCCAACGGAACGAAGAAACCGAGGACGCUGAUUUUAAGGCAAUUAUGCAGGACGAUGAGCGAGCCACGCGUUUCAAGGAUACUUGUUUUAAGAAUAUGUAUGUUCAGAGAGUAAUUAAAAAACUGUUGCCCAUAUACGAGCGGCGUGGCUUGCUGGAAGUCGAACAGUAGUUUAUCUGUUUAUUUUUUUGUGAUAUAACUGUAAUUUCUUAAAUACCCUAAAGCUUAAGUUAUGUAACUAUGUACAUACAUACAAGUUACAAAAAAAAAGAAUACUAUUAAUAAUAAUAAUAGAUUUCUA